CACGGACGACUGGUUAAUUAAUAUAUAUAAAUUAUUAUUUGUAACUAAUAUAUUUGAACAUACACGAAUUAGAAUUCAAUAAACCUGUAAGAGAUCGGUUUAGCAGAUUUACAGAGCAAAUUUACAUUGAUAAAAGAAUUUUGAAAGAAAAUGAUAGACAUUUUUCCAACUCUUCUAAUAGUAUGCCUCAUCACUGGUUCCAAUGCAUCAUGGGACAUAAUUUAUCCAAACACUAAAUGGUGUGGCAAAGGAAACACGGCCGAUGACUAUAGCGAUCUUGGAAGCCUGGACCAGUUAGACAGCUGCUGUAGAACUCAUGACAAGUGUCCUAUAAAUAUCAAUGCAUUUGAGGAAGAUUAUGGAAUAUUGAAUAUAGGAGUUUCUACAGUGAGCCAUUGUGAUUGUGAAGAUGUCCUUUAUGAAUGUCUUAAAGCAAUAGACGGAAGUCAAAAGGACCAUGCAACUGCCGUAGGCAUUUCUUAUUUCAACGUUCUGCAUCCUAAAUGCAUAAAGAAGGAAACGAAAUGUGUGCUUAAAAUAUGGGGUAAAUGCAUACAUAAGUCGUCAGGCUAUAACCUUUUCUCUGGAAAAUGGUGGACAUAGUUUGAACGAUAACAUUGAUUAUAGAAAUUUCUCCGUCUUUAAAUGAACCAAGCACCAUGUUUUAUAUACUGACUUUAAUUUAUUUUAAAUUGUUCUGAAAAACAAAUUCUUUGAA